GGCUCGGAGUCACUCGGGGAAUUCACUGAAGCAGUAACACUGAAGUUUUUUUUCUUUCUCGCUGUGAAACUACUACUGGACCAAGCCACGUCUGACAACAAGCCCGGCAUACUAGAAGAUUGUCCUGUUUCUCCCGUCACCCCUGGACCUGAGACAGGACUGUGCUGCGAUGUCCUAACUUUUAUCAGUGCCCCCUGUCUCUUCCCCGUGUCUCUUGUCCUUGGUGGGACAGUCCCAGGGUGUCCUCCGUGUCCGAGAUGAGCAGCUCUCAGCAGCAUCACCAUGGCAGCACAGGCUCAGAGCGGGAUCUGCACUCAGCCGCCUCUUCUGUCAGCCUGUCUGUCCGAAAAACCCCCAAGAAGCGCCGCUUUUCACUGCAAUCAUUAUUUGGGCGCCGCUGCCGACCGGACACCAAACGCAGAUCAAAGACUCAAUCUUCUGAAGGUGUUCCGGGACAAGACAGUGUCCAAUCAGAGGCCUUCCAGGACAAAACCUCCGCCCACUCCGCCUUGGGCCUCGCCUCCACCUCGUCUGUAUCAGGGUCUUCAUCCGACCUUCUCGAAUGUCCGCUGUGCUUACUACGGCACUCACGGGAUCAUUUUCCUGACAUCAUGACGUGCCAUCACCGCUCCUGCGCCGACUGCUUACGGCAGUACCUCCGCAUUGAGAUCUCAGAGUCCCGGGUCAAUAUCAGCUGCCCCGAGUGCUCUGAGCGCUUCAACCCCCACGACAUCCAGAUGAUCCUGGGAGACCGCGCCCUCAUGGAGAAGUAUGAAGAGUUCAUGCUGCGCAGGUGGCUAGUUGCUGAGCCCGACUGCCGCUGGUGUCCUGCUCCGGACUGUGGUUAUGCCGUGAUUGCUUUUGGAUGUGCCAGUUGUCCUAAAAUUACCUGUGGACGUGAUGGCUGUGGAACAGAGUUCUGUUACCACUGCAAACAGCUGUGGCACCCCAACCAGACAUGUGACACGGCCCGCCAGCAGAGGGCGCAACACCUACGGCUACGCAGCUUCAGGUCAUCCUCUCUCAGUCACAGCCAGGAAAGCGGCGCUGCAGGAGAUGACAUCAAGCUGUGCCCACGCUGUGCGGCCUACAUCAUCAAGAUGAAUGAUGGCAGCUGUAAUCACAUGACAUGUGCAGUGUGUGGAUGUGAGUUCUGCUGGCUCUGCAUGAAGGAGAUCUCUGACCUGCACUACCUCAGUCCGUCAGGCUGCACGUUUUGGGGAAAGAAACCCUGGAGCAGGAAAAAGAAGAUCCUGUGGCAGCUCGGGACACUGGUCGGAGCUCCAGUCGGGAUCGCACUGAUCGCUGGCAUUGCCAUUCCGGCCAUGAUCAUUGGAAUUCCAGUUUAUGUGGGGAGAAAGAUCCAUAAUUGCUAUGAGGGUAAAGACAUUUCCAAACACAAGAGGAAUCUGGUAAUCGCUGGAGGUGUGACUCUGUCAGUCAUUGUGUCACCUGUGAUCGCUGCGGUCACUGUCGGCAUUGGAGUCCCCAUCAUGUUGGCCUAUGUCUAUGGGGUGGUCCCAAUCUCUCUGUGCCGCAGCGGAGGAUGUGGAGUUUCUGCUGGAAAUGGGAAAGGAGUCCGAAUUGAGUUUGACGAUGAAAAUGACAACAUAGGAAGUGGUGCAGCAGCAGCUGACACCACAUCGGUGGCAGAGACGCGGCUGAAUAACCCGAGCCUGGGUGAUGGGGCAAGUGUAGGUGGUCUGACCGGGCUCAGCCUCAGUGGCAGUGGCAGCCACAUGGAGCGCUGUGGAGUCAGCUCCGGUCACCGUGACAACAUGAGCGACAACGCCAGCACCACAGCCCUUGCUGGCACUAGUAUUACUGGGAGUUUGUCAGGCAGCUGCUACAACAGGAUGGAGGUUCAAGCCGAUGUUCAAAAGGAGCGGUGCAGUCUGAGUGGGGAGUCAGCCACAGUGAGUCUCGGGACGAUCAGCGACAAUGCCAGCACCAGAGCCAUGGCAGGGUCCAUCCUCAAUGCCUACAUGUCCCUUGAGAGGGAGAGUAGUGUGGAGGUGCAGGCCGAUGUGGAGUGUAAGCAGAAAAAGAGGCGGUGUAGUGGCAGCAGUAGUCUGGACGAGGCCAGCUGUAGCUCUGCUGUUGUGAAGGGGGCAAGUGGCGGGGCCUGUCCCUGCCCCUGCCCCUCUAACUGCUGCUGCCCCUCUCCACCCUGGUCCAAGGAGCCUCCUGCUUCAGCCGGACCCCGGGGCAAAGGCAAGAUGUGGAAACGGGCGAAUAGCAAAGACUCAAAGUGCGAGGUGCGCUCGGAGCUGGACGCUCAGCUGCUGGAGCAGCGCAGCACAAAUUCAUCCGAGUUUGACUCUCCAUCUCUGAGCGGUAGUCUGCCCUCUGUGGCCGACUCCCACUGCAGCCACUUCUCCUCUGAGCUCAGCUGCUGCGACCCCCCGGGACACUCGGAGCCUCUGCCCCAAGUAGAGCAGUGCCCCUCCCCUCGGGGAAGCUUCACACACAGACUCUUGUCUGCGUCACCUCCAGCCUCACCCACAGAGGGUUCCAGCGGGACCUUCACAUACAUAGAAGACAGCAUGGAUGACGGGCAUCCACAGGAGCCAGAGCAAGAGAAGAGGAGGAGAGGUAGCUCCAGUGACCCGCCUGUGACCCCGGUUAGGAAGUGUUGCAUACAGACAGAUAUCUGACAAAAUAAAGCUGCAUUCUGUUUAAUGUUUUCUCUCUCAUUGGGAUGAUACAAAAAGUCACACAGUAGCACCUACUGCAAAUGCAUUUAUAGGCAUAUAUUUGCUAAAGGGGUCAUUUUGUAUGUAUUUUCUGCAUUUUUGCCUCUGUCACCAUUAAAAUUGUGACUUGAACCUUUUCAAAUCAUCAGAAUAACAUACAAGCUAAUUUUACAGACACAGUAUAAUGUGGACCCUGAAUGUGGCUGUGUGUGUGUAGAGGCUAAAUAAGAGGAGAGCUGUAAGUCAAAGAGCAGGUUCUGUUUGACAGGACAAAGACCUUCAGGCUGUGAGCAGGUCCAGAUGAAUGUGCGCCGCAGGUGUGAAACGCAUGAAUGAUUUGUGUCCUUUUGAGCUGCUAAUACUGAACCAUACCGCCCUUUGUCACAACAUGGGGGAUACAUUGUUAAUCAAAAGCUAAGGGGGACCACAUAUACCACAGAACCCUUAUCGUCUGAAAAAGUAAUUAUUGUUUUGGUCAAAUGUGAUGCAUGUUUAAUUUGUGAUGUUUUUGCUUAGUUUAUUUUCCAUUUUGGGAAAGUUGUUUUUUUUAAUGUUUAAGCCCUGUGCUGGGUUCAGAAGUUUAUUGGAUGGGGACAGGAACUCAUCGAAAGUCAUCCAACCAUUUAAAAGUUUGUAAAGGAAAAAAAAAAAAAUUAUUUGUCAAAGCAAAAAGCUGCACUGGAGAAAUUGUGUGGUUGUAUCUGUGUUUAAAAAACGCCAUUUUAACUGCAUAAAAAAGGGAAUUUUUUUCCUAAAGCAUUCCUAUGAAUUGGAGCAAUCAAACACUGUACAUAAUUUCAAAUAGGAAUCAUAAGCUUUCUACAGACUAAAAUGUACAAUAUUUUACAUUUUAACUUAAGUGAAAAUUAACAAGUUUUCACCGAUCAAGGGAACAUUUAUAAAAACCUCAAAUUGUGCAAUCACAAGACACUGCAAAAAAUGUUGAAUCUUUUACAUUGAUUUAUUGUAGCUAUUUUUAUGAAAAUCCAAAUUGAAAUCAGUGCUUUUGGAAUAUUUUAAUUUUCUUCAUUAUUAUGUUUUCUUUUUCUAAUUUUAUUGAUACAAAUGAUUUUAUAUUGACUCACAGUGCCUUUCUCAUUAUGUGUCUUGAAUAGAAAAAUUCAUGUUAACAAAUGUACAAUAUGUCAAACUAGAGUCUAUUUUCCCACAUUUUGAAUGAAGCAGCCGCUGUAGCCGGUUUAGACCAAAGAUUGCCCUUAAUGUAGAUUGGACGAAUGGAUAGAAAAAACAAUCCACCAACCAAAAUACGUCUUUGGGUCUAUCGUGUGAAGGAAGGAUUGUAUUAACAAUGCUUCCCUGAAAGUAGCCAAAGUGUAAAGCUUUUGAAAUCUAUUUUGAGUCUACAAUAAAAUCCUUUUUUAUCCUAA